AUGAACGUAGAGAUUCCCUCCCACGCUGCUCUGAAUAAGCAACUGUUCCAGUUGCGCCAGCACCUAGAACAUCUACCUGAGGAUAUUCCCAUUGGCAAUUGCUAUGACUUCAAGGGUUAUGCACCGAGCGAAGAUGCGAUCACUGACUAUGGAUCAGCAGCUGCGGCAUUCAACCACGAUCUCGAGGUCAUUUUUGCACCAAAAGGGCGUACCGAAUACCCCAUUAUAUUUCACCAGCGAGGAGAAGGAUUGACGGCUGUGGUGAAUGCACUGCGAAAGCAUAUUUUCUCAGAUCCUAUGAAUGCAGUCUUACGGAAGUGGGUGGCAGACCUUCUGGAUGCAGCACGAGCUCAUUGUUGUGUGAGUGAAUUCUAA